UCUCUUCACAUCCACCUACUUUCUUAUCCAAAUUAGAAAUGCCGAAACCCCCAACUGUUUCAAUAUUUGCUUAGCUGCAAUCGUCGGAGUCAGACAGUCUUCGAAUUCUGGUAUCUCAAACCCAGAACAGUAAUAAAUUGAACUCAGAACAGUGAAAAUGCUCCGGGUUACCAUUCUUUCGAUGCUCUGCAUUUUCUCAGUCAAUGGGGACUACUACUCAGCGAUAAGUGAGUUGGAGCGACUGCUCGACGUGGAGGCCUUCAUAGUGGAAAAGUUCGAUGAGUAUCUGGACAGGGCCCAAAAAGAACAGCAGAAUAUUAAAAGGUUUUUGGAUCAGGUGGAGAAGCUGGAAGUCAACCCUUUGGAUCUCGAGGAUUACUUUGGAAAUCCCCUAAAUGCUUUCAUAACCAUAAAACGGCUUGUCCACGACUGGAAGUUUAAUGUAUUCGAUCCUGUAUUCGAUACCAGUAACUUUGAAACCUACAAGAGUGCCCUAAGCGAUUCUCUUGAGGAGAUCAAGUUCAAGGGGCCCACUCAAGAGGAUCUGAAUGGAGCCACUCGUGGUCUUCUCCGUCUGCAGGACAUUUAUAAGCUAUCUACCAAAAAGUUGGCUAACGGAGUUCUCCAUGCUGAGGAGAAGAACCAACUGGACACCUCGCUGAGUGCGAGUGACUGUUUUGAGCUGGGUAAAAAUCUCUGCCAGAUUAAGGAGUACUCCUAUGGAUCCGAAUGGCUUCUGGAAGCUAGAAGAAAAUUACAUGGAGAGCCUUCGGAUUUGAUAUCACCAAAUAUGAGCGAUGUCCAGAUUUUGGAACAACUGGCUCCUGCCUUCAACGAAUUGGGCAAUUUGAAGCUGGCCCACAAACUCAAUAACGAAAUACUAGAUAAGGAAUCUGGACACGAGGAGGCUCUGAAGAACAGAAACCUGUAUCAGCAGAAACUGGCAAAGGAGCGAAGUCUAGGACCUGGGAAAAAAGUGGAAUUGCCUAAGCAGACUGAAAGGGAGCAAAAGGAGAGUUUCCAACUGUAUAAGCGUGUCUGUCAAGGGGAACUCCACCAAUCUCCCCGGGAGCAGCGGAAUCUCAGGUGCUGGCUAAGUCACCAGGGUGUUCCCUUCUACCGACUGGCUCCCUUCAAAGUAGAACAGCUGAAUCUGGACCCCUAUGUGGCCUACGUUCACGAAGUCCUGGCUGACAGCGAAAUGGAAAUGAUAAUGGAGAACGGCAAGGGUCAAAUGGAGCGGUCGAGGGUGGGUCAGUCGGAGAACUCGACGACCACCGAGAUUCGGACCAGUCAGAACACCUGGUUGUGGUACGAGAAGAACCCCUGGCUCCUCAAAAUCAAACAGCGACUGGAAGACGUCACCGGAUUGAGCACGGAAAGUGCUGAGCCCCUGCAGCUGGUGAACUACGGAAUCGGAGGACAGUACGAGCCCCAUUUUGACUUCAUGGAGGGAGAUGGUCAAUCUGUCUUUGGCUGGAAGGGUAACCGUCUUUUGACUGCGCUCUUCUAUCUCAACGAUGUUGCUCUGGGUGGAGCCACCGCGUUUCCGUUUCUCCGCUUGGCAGUUCCGCCUGUUAAGGGCAGUCUUCUGAUCUGGUACAAUCUACAUCGAUCCACGCACAAGGACUUCCGUACCAAACAUGCAGGUUGUCCAGUUCUCCAAGGUUCCAAAUGGAUAUGCAAUGAGUGGUUCCAUGUGGGAGCCCAGGAGUUUAAGCGACCAUGCAAACUUAACAGCGAUGAGGGAAAGUUCCUAGACUUGGAGCACAAAUAAUUUAUAUACUCGUAUAUGUACAAAAUAAAAAAUAAAAUAAAUGAAAAUAACCUAA